UUCUUUCUUUUUUUUUUUUUUUCUUUUCUUUUUUCUUUUUAAAAUGACAAAUAUUCAACAAAGAUCAACACGAUCAUCCCAGUUAUUUGUAUUUAUAUUUUGUCUUGUAUUCCGUUUUUUUAAUGCUCAUUUAACACGCACUUACGAUAAUCCAGAUGAAUAUUGGCAAAGCCAAGAGGUAGCUCAUAACUUAGUAUUUGGCAAUGGUUAUUUAACUUGGGAAUGGAGAGAAAAGAUUAGAAGCUUUGCUCAUCCGAUCAUCAUUGCCGCUCUCUAUAAACUUAUUCAAUGGAUGGGAUUGGAUAAUACUCAAUUGUUAGUUGUAGUGCCUCGUUAUUUUCAAGCAGUAUUGACUGCCAUGGCCGAUGUGGCAACUUUUACAUUAGCUAAGAAAGUCAUUGGAAAUCAAAUUGCACCAUUUAUCCUUUUUACAUCGCUGUGUUCCUGGUUCAAUUUCUUUAUGGCAGCACGUACUUUAUCUAAUAGUAUAGAAAUGGUAUUUACCAUCUUGGCUCUCAAUUAUUGGCCAUUAACUGGCCAUUGUUCACUUCGAAACUAUCGAAUAGCAUUAAUAUUGGCUUCAAUUGCAUGCGUCAUGCGACCCACUAAUGCUCUCAUUUGGCUCUUCUUAGGUAUUCACUUACUUAUCAUCAGCCCAUAUCGUGUUAAAUUAGCUAUGAAUGCGGCUGGAGUCGUUUCUAUAGUUCUCCUUCUAAAUACCUUGCUAGAUACACGACUCUUUACUGGUGUCUGGUCCUUUAAGGUCUUUACACCUUGGCUUUUCUUUAAAACGAACGUAAUUAACAGCAUUUCUCUCUUUUAUGGUGUGCAUACAUGGCACUGGUAUCUAACACAGGGAAUACCCGUUAUUUUAACCACAUUUUUGCCCUUUGUUGGAUUUGGCUUAUAUCGUAUGGACAAAGCCAUUUACGACCGCAUCAAAAUCCUAUUAGGGUUGACGAUAUGGAUGAUUAUCGUCUAUAGUUUAUUGCCUCAUAAAGAGUUUCGAUUUAUAUUCCCUAUCGUACCUAUUCUAUUCAUUGUAGCAGCUUAUGGUUUGCAACAAUCACGAUGGCGUAAACGUUGGGCUGUAUUGUUAGUCUUGACACAAAUACCGAUGGCCAUCUAUUUUUCAGUUUGGCAUCAGCGAGGUGUCAUGGAUGCAAUGCUCUGGAUCCGAAAUGAGCCUUCCGUCCAAUCUGUGGGUGUUUUGAUGCCAUGUCAUUCAACACCUUGGUAUUCUAUAGUGCAUAAAAAUAUUCCAAUGUGGUUUCUUACCUGUGAACCACCAUUGGCUAAUACUAUGGAUGAAGCAGACGAAUUUUAUGCAAGCCCCUUUGAAUUUUUGAAAGUGAAUCACUUGAGGCCUGCUAGCCAUCUGAUUUUAUUUGAUAAUUUGGUGCCUCAAAUUGUAAAUUAUUUAAAAGAAUAUGAAGAGUGCCAGAGAUUUUUUAAUAGUCAUUUCCAUGAUGAUUCGAGAAGACGAGGCGACGUUGUCAUAUUCUGCCAUCAUAGUAGUAUACCUAAAAAAUAAGAGCCCCAAAAUACUAUAUACAAAUUUUAUCAUACACUUUUUUUUUUUUUUUUUUUUUU